AUGGACAUACCAAAGAAGACUCCCUUCAAUCCAGAGACUAAUGUUUAUAACUUGAAUGGAAAGACUCUUCCAAAAACAUCAGUGUUUAUUGCAAAAAUAUAUCUCAAGAAAUUUGAUGUUGUGGAAGUACAUGCAUUGGGUGAAACCAUUUCAAAGGCAGUAAAAGUGGUUGAAUAACUUUAACGACAAAAUUACGUGACAAUUGAGAAUAUCAAUACAUUCACUUAGAAAUUUGAAGAUAAUAGGACCAAAGCCAAGAUUAUUGUUACUUUAAAGGUAACUGAUGAUGGAAAAAAAAGAGUCAAUGAGGAGAUUAAAUAAUGA